ACUGACAGACGGUCAUAAUUGGAGGUCAUAAGUGGAGGGUAUAAAAAAGCUAUAUCAUGAAAGCGCACCCAAAUUAACUAGAAUCAGUUGAUAAAUUCAAAGAAGCAAAUUCAGUUUUGGCCUUUGUUAUUGUUUGCAUAAAUUUCAAUGUCGAACAAUUUUCGAUUUGCCUAUCGAUAUAUGAGCGAUUGUUUAAAAUUUAUUAUCGAUAUACUAUCGAUUACUCAAAAAUAAUUUUAUACAUUUAUUAAAUAUUGCCUUAAAAUAAAAAUAAUAAAAAAGACUGAGAUAUGAAAUAUAAAUUUUAUAAAGAGCCCAGCAACAACAAGUCUGCAUAUUAGUGUUUGCGGUUUUCACAAAUACUUUCCAUGAUAAGACAUUAAAGAAUGUUUUAAAUGUGUUAAACUCCCAUACUUUACAACUUAUUAUUUAGUAUUUCGUUCGGUUGCUGAUCCUAAAGGUCUAUUUCGUGUGGAGGAAGAUUAAAUAUCAAACUUAAUUAAACUAAAACUAUUAAAUAUGUAUAUAAUACUCGCCUAUAUACUAAGUGGUAUAAUCUUAAACAACCAAGUGGUGUCUGUGCUCGCUGCCGAAUUGAAUUUUACCGAACCCGAAUCGUAUGAGAGUGAGUAUUGCCCUUCGUAUACAGGAAUCAACUGUUACUGUUAUUACAUUAUCGAAUGUAAAGUUAACGACGAACUAGGUGAUCUUUACGUUAGCUUAGAUUCAAAAGGGCACCAAUUGUUAGUGGUCUGUCCAAAAGACACAAAACUAAGUAUCAAUUUGCUGCACAAUUCAAGUUAUUUGGAAGAGUUGAAUUGCAACAAUAUCUAUACGGAAAAUAAUAACGAACAACAAGUAAUAGACAUAAAUGAAGCGAAUAAACUAACGCUGAUCUACAAUUCGCGAAUUGCAGUUGCCGAUAUUGAAUUGAGAUUUCAAAACCUUCUUCAACUACAAAUCAUUGUAAAAUCCACAGAGGACAUUGACUUUACACCAUUUGAAUUCGAUUUUAUAGAUUCAGAAACGAAAGUUCUUCCGCUUUAUGUACAAAGUACAAUGAAUAAGCGCGACUUGACGAGGGAAUAUUUUAGAAACUUUACCGAGAUUCGGCGGCUGGACUUAGUCGGAAGCAAUAUGCCAGUGUUGGACGCAAAUCUCUUUGAACCACUUACUCAAUUAAAUUGCCUCAAUUUGAGCAGCAAUAAAAUUAGUCAAUUGCCACCGAAACUAUUUGCAAAACAGCGUAAACUUAUAAUACUGGAUCUUAGUUGCAAUUUAUUGACCCAUCUACCGCCAGAACUCUUCAAAGAAACAGUUUUUCUAUGGCAGUUGAAACUGAAUGGCAAUCGUUUGCACCACACCGAAAAUCUUAUGGCAACUUUAAGGCCGUUACAUUACCUGCAUUGGCUAGACUUAAACAUGAACAAGCUGCAAAAUAUUUUUUGGGGCAGAUUGUCAACAAAUUUCAAUGACGAUAUACCUCUUGAUUUAGAGCAAUAUCUCGAUCACAACAGCAUGUUGCAACUUAAAAAUUACACAGGAAACCAAAAGCUCAAUUUGAAGGUAAUCGAUUUGAGACACAAUCGUCUGUACGAGUUUGAUAUGGAACGCUUCAGUAAAGUCGGCAUUAAACGCGAUUUUAUCCUAAACUUAGCGCACAAUUCCAUUAAAAGCAUAUACACCUUAAAAAAUUUACCAAAUACAACUGACGAUUUAAGCGAAAUCAAAAUGACCGGCAAUCCCAUCGUGUGUGAUUGCAGCUUAGCGUGGAUUUACAAUUCCAAUUAUCGCGCGCUUUUUCCUGAUUUACAGUGUAAGCAGACGUCAAAUGAACUACUAAUGGAUGUCGCACAGUUACGACGCGAUGAGCUGUGCGCUUGGCAACCGAUAUUUUGUCCCACAAACUGCGACUGUUACACACAAUCCGACUUGCUGACCAUCAAUUGCAACGGUAGACACCUCGACGUUAUCGACAAGCUGCCACGCCCCGAACAAGUUAAUCGCACGAGUUCAAUACUCGAUACUAGUGUUAAUCAACUGACUGUUUUGCCGCCAAACACCACCUUCGGCUAUGCCAACGUUACGCAACUCAACGCCUCGUAUAAUCGAAUCACAAAUGUCAGCAUCUUCCAACUGCCCACCAAUUUAACAAUUUUAGAUCUACGUAGUAAUCGCCUAAAAACUUUAAGCGCUGACUUGUUACGCGGACUUCUCAAUGACAGUGACAAACUACAGUCUUUGUAUCUGAGUGAGAAUGCUUGGAGGUGCGAUUGUGCUGAGCAGCAUUUAUUGUACACCGUACGCGCACAAAGGUUACGGAUACCCGAUGUCGAACUGCUACACUGUGAUAAUCUAAAGAAUGUUACACUGCUCACCGCAAAUGUGGACGACUUGUGCCAAGCUGUUGAACGUUCGCCGUAUUUGACCGCAAGUAUCAUAACCACAGCAUUAGUCAUUAUUAUUUCUCUUCUGCUUGUCGCAUUAUUUUAUAAAUAUAAUUUGGAAGUGAAAGUCUGGUUACAUGCUCACAAUAUAUUGACUUGUUGUAUACAUGAAUCAGAAUUGGAUAAGAAUAAAAAAUUCGAUGCUUUCAUAUCGUAUGCCCAUCAAGAUGCUCAUUUUGUCAACCAUACCCUACUGCCGCGACUUGAAGAGUGCGAAGAUCCACCAUUUCUCAUUUGCACACACGAGCGUAACUGGCUGCCGGGUGCCUAUAUACCGGAACAGAUUAUCGAAUCGGUCGAUCAGUCGCGUCGUACGAUCAUAGUGCUGUCACAGCACUUCAUCGAAUCGGAUUGGGCGCGCAUGGAGUUUCGCACAGCGCAUCAGAACUCAUUGAAUGAAAGUCGUACGCGCUUAAUUCUUGUGAAAUACGGUGAAAUUACGAACAGCGAGUUAUUGGAUAAGGAAUUGAGGGCAUAUUUGCAGAUGAACACAUACCUGGAUUGUGAAGAUCCCAGAUUUUGGGAAAAAUUACGCUAUGCCAUGCCACAUAAAUCGGCGGAUAGAGAACGGAAUACCGAUAUGCUGGAAGUAAAUGGACGAAUGUAUGUUAUGGGACAAGAAGAGAAACUUGGUCAAACCGUGGACUCAUCUGUAUACAAUACAUUUGUAUUCUUAUAAUUUAUAUAAUCAACUUUAUUGUAAAUUUUAUGAAGAAAUAUAUAGCAUUUAAAUAAACAUUUGAGUAAAUAAGUAACGAA